CCGACGGUGAAUCUGUCCGCCCUCCCUCCUGCAGGUCAAUGAGACCCUGAACUACACAUUUCACACAGAAAUGGAUGAUGGCACACCAGAUGAGGCCUUUGCUGAACUCCAGACAAAGCAACUCGGAGCUUGGGGUGUGGCUCAGAUAGCUGCUGGCACUGGGCUUGCUGUAUAUGCUAUGUGGGUGGGAAUCCUCCAGCCAGGUUUCCGAAAAGUCCCCUUGAGGUUACAGGUCCCGUACAUUCCUGCCAGCAAAGCUCAAGUACAGAAUGUAAUGACACUGCUGAGAGGUCGAAAGGGAGGCCUCGUGGAUUUGGGAUCUGGUGAUGGUCGCAUUGUUUUGGAAGCACAUCAGCAGGGUUUCACUCCCGCUGUUGGAUACGAGCUCAACCCCUGGCUUGUUCGAUUGGCCCGCUUUCAUGCAUGGAGAGCAGGCCACCAUGCCAAAGUGUCAUACCUACGAGAAGAUCUCUGGAAGGUCGACUUGUCAAAAUGCAAGAAUAUCACAGUGUUUUUGGCACCUAGCGUGCUUUCAUUAUUGCAGGAGAAGCUGAAGACUGAGCUUCCAGAUGACGCUCUAGUGGUAGCUGGUCGUUUUCCUUUCCCUGACUGGACACCCUGCAGGAUUGAGGGACAUGGUGUGGACAGAGCCUGGGCAUAUAGCAUGCAGGCACAAAGACAGCACAUUCAAGAAAAAUAACAAAUUCACAAUCAGAGACAAUUGCCUUGACAAUAACUCUACCAAGGAGAAGGAAUCCACUUGAAGCUACAUUGAUGAUCCUCAUCGUUUUAAAUUAUAUAUCAUUAACUUACUUCUUAUAAGAUGUAAAAUCCUUCACUUGGAAUAUGGAGGACAUUUACUGACUGAACACAUACUUAAUGACAAUGACAGGAUGGUUUCUGACCAACUGUCUAAAGUCAGUGCAUUGAUCAGCAGACAUGUAGAAUAUCUGCAUAAAAUAUUCUACAUUGUUUAGAUGGAUUUUUUAAUUUCUUAU